AUGGACGAAGAGAAAAUUACUCCCGGAAAAGCGAAGAAGAAAGCCGCUCCCGCCAACCGCAAGUCUCUUACUUGCGAGUAUUGCAGCCGGCCGUUUGCGCGUCUUGAGCAUCUCCAACGCCAUCUCCGCACCCAUACGAAAGAGAAACCAUUUUCAUGCGACCUUUGCUCAAAAUCAUUUGCCAGAAGUGAUUUGCUUGUGCGCCAUGAACGUCUAGUCCACCCAUCAGAAGCUGCUGCAAGCCGAGAACAGCGAAGCCAGAAUAAUAAUAAUAACAGCAACAACGGCAAUAACACCACCAAUAACAACAAUAGUCACCACCAUCAUGAUGUGCCCCCGACACCAACUUCUCUGAUUCCUCCUCCCGCCCCUGCCCCCCAGGAUUCGCGGAUGCUGGAGCUGGCGGAUGCAGUGCCGGUCCAACCGCAGCGAAUCCCACAGCAGCCGGAGCCGGAGGUGCAUGUCCAACACCAGCCCAUCGUGGACACAACGCAUUUCAACCCGUCGUGGGGGUAUGACUUGAACCUUUUGUCCCAUGCCGCUAGCCAUGUUGCCCUGGAAGGUCAGCAAGAACUCGAGUCGUUACGAAAGCCACCGCACACGCAGAGUGCUCCUCAACCACUUCCCUCGGCCCCAGAUCGAGCGAUCACAGACAAUUAUGGUGUGGAGCCAUCAAUCCUUGACUUAACGGAUCUAGGAGACCCGGUUCAAGACUUCACUGUCUUCUUAGAAAGUGUUGGUCUCUCCUCCGACUGGGAUUCCGGGGUAUUUUCUUCCGUUGAAGAUCCCAUGUUACCAACCAGUGUUCCCAUGGAUACUAAGACACCAAUUCGCGAAGCGGCACCAGCGAGACUCGGGCCGGAUUUGAUGAGCGAUCCGAGAACCGCGCCGGAUGACGCCCCAUCCUUCUCAAAUUUUGGGUCUCGACUACCCUCUUUGCAACCAGAACCUCACGAAGUGGAUGAUCGACUCGGAUUCACCGAUGAAAGCCCACGGCCCGCAUGGGACAUAUCGAAUUCGGAUCGACUAGUCUUCAUUUCGAAAUUAGAAGAAUUCGCACAUGUCCUUCCCAAAGGCUUUGUUCAACCAACAAGGCAUGCCCUCUCUCGCUUCUUUGCCGGUUAUAUUAAUGGACUGAACGAGCAUCUUCCGUUCAUUCAUGUUCCGACAUUAUCAGUUGCGAAGUGCUCCCCAGAACUUACGCUCGCAUUGGCCGCCGCAGGGUCACAUUAUCGAUUUGAAAACAGCCGGGGCAUCGAACUCUUCCACGCGGCAAAGGCCAUUUUAUUGGAACGGCUUCGGAGACGGGAUAGCAAACAGGUGGCGUGUCCAACGUGGAACUUUUACUCUCCCAAUUCCGGUGGUUUCUAUAACUCCCGAGAUUCGUCAAUUAUCUCCAAUAAUGCGGGCAGCCCAUUUCAGCAUCAUCAGCACAUGGCGGGCCAUUCAAUGGACUACGCACAAUAUAUUCCCGAUGAUUCAGACGCUCAUAUGGAAGUUAUUCGCACUUUCCUGCUACUCACAGUGUUUGCUUCUUGGGAAAGACAACCUGAACUACUGCGAGAGAUACUCUCGUUACAGAGUACUCUCGCAAGACUCGUCAGAGAGCACGGCCUAUCUGAGCCGACUCCUAGUCCUGACCCGAGCAGCUGGGAAGAAUGGAUACGGGGAGAAGGCAACAGGCGCACAAAGCUCAUUGUAUACUGCUUCUUCAACCUUCAUUCCAUUAUGUACAACAUCCCUCCCUUGCUCUUGAAUGCGGAGUUACACUUGAACAUGCCGUGUUCCCCUGACGUGUGGAAAGCGAACAACGCAGUCCAGUGGCGCCGGACUCAUCGCGCCAGAAGUGGAACAGAGAUUUCCUUCCAGGAAGCGUUUGCUAAACUGUUCCUCAAAUCGGGCAUACCGAGUUCUUCCGCGCCGAUUUCUCCUCUAGGAAACUAUAUUCUCAUACAUGCCCUUAUCCAACAGAUAUUCUUUGCUCGUCAGCUUUGCCUCUCAGCGCCGGCUAUGCAUGGUACCAGUCUGAGACAGGAAGAUCUCAACAUCCUGGAUCAUUCUCUCAGCUCGUGGAAGUCGUUAUGGAAGCGGACCCCGGAGUCCAGUAUCGACCCACAAAACCCAGCCGGCCCGAUUGCUUUCACGUCCACGGCUCUUCUUGGCUUGGCUUAUAUUAGGUUACAUGUCGACAUGGGACCUUGUCGUCGGCUGAUCACACAGGACCCGGUCCAGAUCGCACGAGCGUUGAAUGAUUCCCCACCUAUAGCACGAAGUCCCCGUCUCAUAAUGGCACUGUUACACUCUGCCCACGCGCUUUCGAUCCCAGUACGCCUGGGAAUCGAUUUCGUCGCACGAACGCACUCAUUCUUCUGGAGCAUCCAGCAUUCCCUCUGCAGCCUUGAAUGCGCCUUUCUCCUGAGUCGCUGGCUGCUUUCCAUCCCAGCCACACAAGCAGAACAACGGUUAACAGACCAUGAACGGAAAUUACUCUUAUGGAUUAAGAGUAUGAUGGACGAAACUGACAUGGCUGUUGAUCCGCCGGGAGCACCAGACGUGGAUUUCCUGGCUAACCCAUAUAAAGCGAGGCAGCUUAGUGUUGCUAUUGUCCGUGUCUGGGCGCGGACUUUCAAGGGGAAUACCAGCUGGGCUAUUGUUGAUUUGGUUGGGUCGAGCUUGGAUGCUUAUGCUGAUCUUUUGGAGACGCAGCCAUGA